AUGUGAUAUAGUUAAUAAGGUUAAAUGUAAUGUUUUUUUGCUGAUACUUAAAUCUUUAAUAACAUAUAUCAUAUGUCCAUGGAAUUAAACAGGUGGGAAAGUAAGCAUGGGUAAGAGUAUGGAAGGUAUCAACCAUUAUAACAAGUUAAUUGAUGAGUUAUUAGCUAAUGGCAUUGAACCAUUUGUCACUUUGUUUCAUUGGGAUCUUCCCAAUGCCUUGGAAGAAGAGUACAUGGGAUUUUUAAGUUCUAAAAUUGUGGACGACUUCCUUAAUUAUGCGGAUAUUUGUUUUUGGGAAUUUGGAGACCGAGUAAAGAAUUGGGUAACAAUAAAUGAACCACAUAUAUUCACCACCUCUGGUUAUGUACAAGGUCAAGGGGCACCAGGUCGAGGUGGAGAAAAUGAAGAUGGCGAUCCUCAAACAGAACCAUAUACAGUAGCAUAUAACAUACUAAAUUGUCAUGCAGCUGCUUAUAGAAAGUAUUCUGAAGAUUAUAAGGAUACCCAGAAAGGUAGAGUGGGAAUUACCCUUAACUGUGGUUAUUUUCAACCUUAUCGUGGUGAUAGUUAUCAAAAAGAUGUCCAAGCUGUUAAAUACGCGUAUGAUUUUACGGUUGGAUGGUUCCUUGAGCCAUUAACAAGAGGUACUUGGCCGGAUAACAUGGAAAAAUUUGUUGCGACUCCUACCACUGAUCACCUAAAUGGUCGUCUUUUGCCGAAAUUUUCUACUAAUCAAAAUUGUCACUAUGCGGUUUCAGGACAAGAUCCUAGUGGAAACUAUAUUGGAGAGCCGUCAUACCAGGGUUCGUGGAUUUAUCUUUGUCCUCAACAGCUUACAGAACUCUUAAUUUACAUUAAAAGAACAUACAAUGUUACUAAAGAUAUGAUCAUCACAGAGAAUGGGUCUUCUGAUAAGAAUGAGACUGGAAAAACAUAUGAACAAGUGCGUGAUGAUGAAUAUCGGAUCAAAUACAUUAAAGAACAUCUUAAAGCCAUUAGAUUGGCUCGACAAAAUAAUAUAAACGUGAUGGGAUACUUUAUAUGGUCAUUCAUGGAUAGUUUUGAAUGGGGUUCUGGAUAUAAUAAUAGAUUUGGUAUGAUCUAUGUUGAUUUCAUGAAAGACCUUCAAAGGUACCCAAAAAAUUCAGCAAUUUGGUUUAAGAAGUUCCUUGGUGAAGAGAAAAUGAUUCCACUUAAAAGAAGCAUCACCGAUAGUGAAGAUGGAGAUAACUUUGAUAAGAAUUCAAAGAUGGCAGGAAAACCAAUCGAAGCGAGCCAAAAGAUGAAGAAGGCAAGAACAUGAAAAGGACGAAGCUAAAUCUUAUAUCAUAUUCCAUGGUCAAUUACAUAUGGAAGUUUCAAAUUUGUGGGACUAUUAUUGUGAGUUUAAAUAAACCCAAUAUAUGCCUAAUAAUUGUAAUGUGAUUACUACACAAAUAAA